CACACACACACACACACACCCGGAGGAGUCCGAAAAGAGAAGUAAAGUCUCCGCCAUGACUUUGGCGUGCUUGUGCGCGCUUCUCUCGCUGGUGGCCGCCGCCAGCCUCCGCCAGGUCAACGACACCGAGUCACUGGCGGCCGACGGGCUGCGGGCGUCCGCGGGCAACACGUCCUGGUCCUCGGGCAGGGCGGCCAACCGGACGUGGCUGCUGGACUUCGACGAGGGCAUGCUGGAGGACUGGCGCUCCCUGGCCAGCGGCGACGGGCGUCACGGCGAGAGGGCGAGCGUGAAGGCGCUGCUGGUGGCCGCCUACUCCGUCAUCAUCGUCAUCUCGCUCUUCGGGAACACGCUGGUGUGUCACGUCAUCGUCAAGAACAAGCGCACGCAGUCGGCCACCAGCGUGUUCAUCAUGAACCUGGCCGUGGCCGACGUCUUCAUCACGGUGCUCAACACGCCCUUCACUCUGGUCCGCUUCGUGCACAGCACCUGGGUGUUUGGCAGGACCAUGUGUCACGUCAGCCGCUUCGUGCAGUACUGCUCGCUGCACGUCUCCACGCUCACGCUCACCGCCAUCGCCGUGGACCGACGCCAGGUGAUCCUGCACCCCCUAAGACCCCGCAUGACCCCGACUCAAAGCAGCGUUUGGGUCGCCGUCAUCUGGAUCCUGGCCAGCUGCUUCUCCCUCCCACACGCCAUCUACCAAAAACUCGUCACCUUCACUUUCAGCCAGGAGAGGGAGCGCAGUCUGUGCAUCCCAGACUUCCCUGAGCCCUCGGACGUCUCCUGGAAGUACAUCGACCUGCUCACCUUCAUCCUCCUCUACAUGCUGCCCCUCCUCAUCAUCACCGUGUCCUACACCACGGUGGCCCGCCGCCUGUGGCGCCACAAGGCCAUCGGCGACGCCACCACGGCGCAGCACGCCAACCAGAAGCGGCGGCGUCACCGCACGGUGGCCAUGCUGCUGAUGGUGGUGGUGGUGUUCGCCGUCUGCUGGUUCCCGCUCAACUGCUACGUGGUGCUGCUCUCCAGCCAGGCCAUCCACUCCUCCAACGUGCUCUACUUCUGUUUCCACUGGCUGGCCAUGAGCUCCACCUGCUACAACCCCUUCAUCUACUGCUGCCUCAACCCCAACUUCCGCCAGGAGCUCCGCCUCCUGCUGAGCGUGUGCAGGCGGCGCCGGAGAGUGACGGCGGAGCUGGCGCUGGAGCUGGAGCUGGAGCGCCGGCCGGCGGCGGCGGCGGCGGCCGGCGCUCCGUGCCGCAGGGACGCCUGGCCCGAGAAUGAGGAGCCCUUGGGGCCGAGGCAAGCUUUGCCGCAGCCCAGCAAGGACUCCUCGCAGAAGAGUCGCACCCUCACCGGGGAGUCGCGCCAUCUUAAGGACGUGCAGGCGCUCUUCAUCGCCAGACAGGCGCUCACCAAGAGAACUGACAUCCAGUCCGUGGAGCCCUUCGUGGUUGUCAACUAAAUACACUUUGGCGUGGUAGUCCUCCGUCCAUCUUCUACCUGCCAGACUUGAAGAGGAACUGCACUUUUUUUUUUUUUUAGCAUUUUGCCAAUCAUUCACAAUUAGGGAUGUCCGAUAAUGGCUUUUUGCCGAUAUUCGAUAUUGUCCAACUCUUUAAUUACCGA